GCAUUUUACAAAAAAAUCCCAAAUUCAUAAUCAUAGAACUUUCCUUAAUCUUCUGGAGCUCAUGGCAAUGUACAAGCCCCUGCUCUCCCUUGUGCUCUUAGCUAUCACAAUCUCCUUUGCAGCUGCAGCUCCAGCCCUUGAUGAGGAAGAACCACCAAUCCCCACCACCGCACCAGAGAAGCCUGACUCAGUUGCAUCUCCUGUCGCCGGUGCCAUCCCGGCAGCUGGCGCAGCCGCUAGUGGAGGGAUUCGCACAGGGGACCUCCACCAUCCCCUGAUUUUCUACAUGCAUGACAUCCUCGGUGGAUCAAACCCCACAGCCAAAGCCGUUACCGGGAUCGUCACGAAUCCUGCAACCAAUGGUCAGGUUCCUUUCGCCAAGCCUAACGGCGCAAACCUCCCUGUCAAUAAUGGCAUCUCCAUUAACAGCAACAACAACGGCGUCAUCAACAACAACAAUGUUCCUUUCCUCACCGGUCUCGGUGGAAAUUCAGCCAAUGUGAUCCAGAACAACGGAAACAACCCCAACAACGGUGCGUUGGGUGUUCCAGUCCUGAGCGGUGGCCAGCUCCCUACCGGAAGCACCAUCGAGCAAUUCAUGUUCGGGACAUUGACAGUCAUUGACGACGAGCUAACCGAAGGUCAGGAACUUGGGUCCGGUUUGGUGGGAAAGGCUCAGGGUUUCUAUGUGGUCAGCUCUGUAGACGGCACCAGCCAGACCAUGGCAUUCACGACGAUGUUUGAGAGCGGCGGCUAUGUGGAUAGCCUGAGCUUCUUUGGGGUGCACCGGACGGCAGUGUCAGAGUCCCAAUUGGCAAUCAUGGGCGGUACUGGAAAGUAUGUGAAUGCUAAGGGGUAUGCGACGAUCAAGACUUUUCCGGGGAUCAACCAACAUGAAACUGAUGGAGUUGAGACUCUGCUUCAGUUUACUGUGUAUUUAGCUUACUGAUUUGCUGUCUUUAAUUUCCAUUCUCCAUUGUUGCUCUGUUCUGUUUCAUGAAUGCUGAAAAAUAUGUUUAAUGUAUUGGGAUUGGCUGUUUAAUGAAUGAUAAACCAAAAA